AUGGUAUCAUAUGGUGGUAAAUGUCCGGAAAUUGACUGGACCAGCCCAGCCCUAGAUGAGGCAUGGAAGAGAUUUAAGGAACAUGUAGAACUGAUGUUCUCCGGUCCAUUAAAAGACCAGGACGAAGAGGUCAAGAUCUCGUACUUGAAGAUCUGGAUAAACCCGUCUGGUAGAGACAUAUUGAACACGUUUGAGUAUGCAGAAGGCGACGACAAGAAAAAACUGAAAACGUACUACGACAAAUUUGCAACGUAUGUCAAGCCAAAAUCAAACCAGGUGCUGGCGAGAUACAGAUUCCACAACCGAACCCAAGGCCCGAAUGAGCCAGUGGAACAGUUUAUUAGAGCAUUAAUCAAUCUAGCGAAAGAUUGUAAUUUCAAGGAUACCAACGAAAUGGUAUUAGACCGGUUAGUGUUCGGGACCAACUCAAACGAAGUUAGGAAGAAACUGAUCGGCAAGGGGUCUGAACUGAAGUUGGAUGAGGCCAUACGGGUAGCCAGGACCUAUGAGUCCGACCAAUCAACUUUGAAAUCGAUCGCCCAACCAGUUCCCAGCAACGAUGUGCAUGGAGUGCAGGCCCAACACAGGACACCCUACGUCCCGCCCAGACCUUUCAGAAAAACUAGAGCAACGGGGGGUGGCGGGAGAGGAAAGCCCAGGUACACGAGGCCAACCAACGCAUGUGGAAGAUGUGGCAAAGGCCACAACACAGCAGACAAGUGUCCUGCAAACGGAAAAGAAUGCAGAAAGUGCGGAAAAAAGAACCACUUUGCUGCAGUGUGCCGAUCGAAGAGUGUGAGCGAAGUCAGGUCUCCAGAGGAAGAAUUCCAAGACUUCCACAUAGAGGCGGUACACAAGAAGAAAGUUGAGGGAGACCAGGCUUUCGUCGACCUACACAUCGCCGGAACCAGCGAAAGCCUCAAGUGCAAGUUGGAUACGGGAGCGCAGGUAAAUGUGCUACCCGAAAGGGACUGGAUCAAGCUGAGGAGCAGAAACUCCAGUCUUGAACCGACAAAAACUCGUUUGUUUGGCUACGGAAACACUCCUUUAGAAGUAAAGGGAAAGUGCAGCCUACGAUGCAACUACAAGGGAAGAUCCGGAACGCUGGAUUUCUUUGUGGUAAAAGCCAAUGCAACUCCGGUCCUGAGUUUAAAGGCAUGUCUGUCCCUAAAACUGAUCCAGCUGGUACUCACCGUCAAGCGAGACAGCGAGACAGCGGAAAGCAUCAAGCAAGAGUACAGCGACGUGUUCCAGGGGAUAGGACGACUCCCUAGCGAAUACAGAAUCAAAGUGGACCCAAACGUAGAACCGGUAGUCCACGCACCGAGAAAGUUCCCAGUAUCACUGAGGGAGCCUUUGAAGAAAGAACUUGAUCGUAUGGAAUCUCUAGGGGUCAUACAGAAGGUAGAUGAACCCACCGAAUGGGUAAACUCACUAGUUGUAGUAGAGAAGCCCAAGUCAGGGAAGUUGAGGAUAUGUCUAGAUCCGCGGGAUCUAAACAAGGCUAUAAAGCGCGAGCAUUACCAGCUUCCAACGCUGGAGGACAUCUCCACGCGUCUCGCAGGGUCGAAGUACUUUGCCGUGGUAGAUGCGAGAUCUGGAUAUUGGCAGAUCUGUUUGGACGAAGAGAGUUCCAAGCUGACCACUUUCAACACGGCAUUCGGACAGUACUGCUUCACACGUCUUCCUUUUGGCGUCCAUUCGGCGCAGGAAGUUUUCCAGAAGAAGAUGGACAGCAUCUUCGGAGGUCUCGAGGGUGUUGAGGUAAUCGUGGAUGACGUACUGGUCCACGCUUCCGGAACAUGCUACAGCGAGCAAGAGAAUGCAACGUAA